AUGGUGGUGACCGCGUCUGCCCGCGGCAGCGGCGGCGGCGGGGACCGCGCGCCCUCCCGGCGGCCGGGCUGCGCGCUGGCGCGGGCCGGGGCGGUGGCGCUGCUGGCCGGGGCGAGCUGCCUGUGCUACGGCCGCUCGCUGCAGGGCGAGUUCGUGCACGACGACGUGUGGGCGAUCGUGAACAACCCCGACGUGCGGCCCGGCGCCCCGCUGCGCGGCGGCGUCUUCUCCAACGACUUCUGGGGCAAGGGCAUGGCCGAGAACACCAGCCACAAGUCCUACCGGCCGCUGUGCGUCCUCACCUUCAAACUGAACAUACUGUUGACUGGCAUGAACCCCUUCUACUUCCAUGCAGUCAACGUGGUCCUGCACUGCCUCGUGACGCUCGUGCUGAUGUACACCUGUGAUAAGACCGUCUUCAAGAGCCGCGGGCUGGGCUUUGUCACGGCACUGCUGUUUGCUGUACAUCCUAUUCACACUGAGGCGGUGGCCGGGAUCGUGGGCAGAGCGGAUGUGUUGGCGUGCCUGCUGUUCCUGCUGGCCUUUCUCUCCUACAAUAGGAGUCUGGGUCCCUGUCAUGCUGCGGGGUGUUUUCCUCCCACGGCUUCGCCCGUUUUCUUGCUGCUCAGCCUGUUCCUGGGGACCUGCGCCAUGCUGGUGAAAGAGACGGGCCUCACUGUGUUUGGCGUGUGCUUGAUCUAUGACCUCUUCUCCGUCUGCCACCAGCAAGAGAAGCCGAGCAACGGGGUCAUCCAGCCGUGCGGUCCCCAGCAGCCUGCGAGCGCCCAGCCCUCCUCACCACCGGCCCACCCUCCCCGCGAGAAUGGGAGGCAGCAGCGGUUCCCUCCCAAAGGCUCAUGGGGUGGCUGCCAUGCCACACUGCCACCAGAACCAGAGAGCAGUGGAUUCCCGGUGUCUCCUCGCGCUGUGUGGUCCCUGAUGAGGUAUCUGACAGCAAGCAGCAAUAGACAUUUCCUGGUUACCAUGAGGCCAUUUUUGAAAAGGGCCGUUUUGGUCAUAAGUUAUGUCACUGUCAUUUUGUCCUUGCGUCUGUGGAUCAUGGGAGGAUCCAUGCCCCUGUUUUCCGAGCAGGAUAACCCAGCUUCGUUUUCGCCUUAUAUUCUUACAAGAUUCCUUACUUAUUCCUACCUCUUGGCCUUCAACGUGUGGCUUCUGCUCGCACCUGUUACCCUGUGCUAUGACUGGCAAGUGGGCAGUAUUCCCCUGGUGGAGAGCGUCUGGGACGUGCGUAACUUAGCCACCCUUCUGCUGGCCGUGGUGAUGGCCUUGCUGACUCUGCACUGCUUAGCAGCCUUCAAGAGACUGGAGCACAAGGAAGUCUUAGUGGGCUUGUUGUUCCUGGUCUUGCCGUUCAUUCCAGCCAGCAAUCUCUUCUUCAGGGUGGGCUUUGUGGUGGCCGAGAGAGUCCUUUACAUGCCUAGCAUGGGCUACUGCAUCCUUUUUGUGCACGGACUGAGCAAGCUCUGCACGUGGCUGAACCGAUGUGGGGCCACCACCCUGAUGGCGUCCACCGUGCUGCUGCUGCUGCUGUUCUCCUGGAAGACCGUGAAACAGAAUGAAAUCUGGCUGUCGAGAGAGUCCCUUUUCAGGUCUGGAGUUGAGACUCUGCCGCACAACGCCAAGGUGCACUACAACUACGCCAACUUCCUGAAGGACCAAGGUCGGAACAAGGAAGCCAUAUACCACUACAGGACCGCCCUCAAGUUGUAUCCACGCCACGCGAGUGCCCUCAACAACCUCGGGACCCUGACGAGGGACACGGCGGAGGCGCAGAUGUACUAUCAGAGGGCUCUACAGCUGCACCCCCAGCACAACCGGGCCCUGUUCAACCUGGGCAACCUGCUGAAGUCCCAGGAGAAAAAGGAGGAAGCUAUCACCUUGCUGAAGGACUCCAUCAGAUACGGGCCGGAGUUUGCAGAUGCUUAUUCAAGCUUGGCUUCGUUAUUGGCUGAGCAGGAGAGGUUUCAGGAAGCGGAGGAGAUCUACCAGGCUGGAAUCAAGAACUGCCCGGACAGCUCCGACUUACACAACAACUACGGGGUGUUCUUAGUGGAUUCUGGAUCUCCGGAGAAGGCCGUGGCCCAUUACCAGGAGGCGAUCAAACUGAGCCCGAGUCAUCACGUGGCCAUGGUGAACCUGGGCCGGCUGUACAGGUCACUCGGAGAGAACAGCGCGGCGGAAGACUGGUACAAACGCGCCCUGCAGGUGGCACGCCGAGCUGAGAUACUGUCCCCUUUGGGCGCGCUCUAUUACAACACCGGCCGCUACGAAGAGGCGUUGCAGGUGUACCGGGAAGCUGCAGCCCUUCAGCCUUCUCAGAGGGAGCUCCGCCUGGCGCUGGCCCAGGUUUUGGCCGUGAUGGGUCAGACGAGAGAAGCCGAAAGGAUGACCACGCACAUUGUGGAAGAGGACAGUGGGUGCCUGGAAUGCUACCGCCUCUUGUCGGCCAUCUACAGCAAGCAGGAGCACCACGCCAAGGCCCUGGACGCCAUAGACAGGGCGCUGCAGCUGAAACCGAAGGACCCCCACGUCGUUUCCGAGCUGUUCUUCACCAAGGGAAACCAGCUGCGAGAGCAGAACCUUCUGGACAAAGCUUUCGAGAGCUACAAGGCAGCUGUGGAGCUGAACCCGGAUCAGGCGCAGGCAUGGAUGAACAUGGGGGGCAUCCAGCACAUCCAGGGAAGCUAUGUGUCUGCACGAGCUUAUUAUGAGAGAGCCCUGCAGCUGGUUCCAGACAGCAAACUGCUGAAAGAGAAUCUGGCCAAGUUGGACCGUCUAGAAAAACGAUUGCAGGAGGUCCGAGAAAAGGAGCAAACGUAGGGCUCCCCGGGGUGGUGCUGGUGCCUCUCCCAGAAAACCUGGCAAGACUUGGCUCUCACAGAAGCAGGGCUCAGCACCCCUGGGGAUACCUGCUGGGGAUCGUGUGCAGAGGGAAGUACAAUUCCAGGAGAGAAGAAGGAAGGAGCCAGCCAGAGCAAGAAGGCCCCUGGGGGAGGAAGCAACAACAACGGGAUUGAUGACAGAGCUUUGCUUGCUUUCCCUCCAGAUUUCCCUGACGGAUUCUGUGCUUCUGCAACCUGGAAAUCCAGUUCCGUUUCUUAGUGUAGACUCUCACGUCCCAGAAAUCCAGAAGCCUGAAGGGCAGGGAAGGCAGAAGUCUGGUGUUUGUAGGAUGAGGUAUUUCAGAGAGGAAACAUCUCCCGGGUAAGCUGUCUGGGAAGUGCCCCCAGAGGCGGCUCAUUUGAGUCUGUGCAACCAGGAAUGAGAAUCUAAUAGCUUUGGCAGAACCUUCCAGCAUAUGUGGGCAAGGAAGCUACUGGUAAUUGAGCUUUAUCUAAUAUCCUACUAAGGAUAUUGCUAGAAUCCUUCGGAGGAGGAAAUUACAUUCUAUUUUAAAUGUUUUCCGUAGCUUAAUACAGCAGAUGGGGAGCUUUGCGAGUCCUAGUGGAAAAAUCAAGGAGCUGGCACCCUAACUGUUGGUGGAAAUGUUUUAAAAUUAUCCUAAUUUUAUUACAAGUAUUACCAGAGUAGCGAUCCUACUCUCAGAUUUCAAAAGUGCAUUUAAAGUCUUCUAUGUUCCUGUCUUCAAAUAUAUUGUUAUUUUGGUGAAGAAAAAGAUAUAGUAUAUUCUAUAUUUAAAGAAAUUAAAGGUAUUAACUGAAAAAAUGUCAGAAUUUAUUAUCUAAAUGUUCAGACAUCAUGAGAUGUAUUUUUUUUUUUUGAAAAGUAUAUUUAACCAUUUAGGAAUCUCUACCGUGUAUCACAGAAGUCCUCAUGGAUGGGGGCUGAGCUCUGUUUGUCUCCCUGGGCUUAAUGAGAAUUCCGUGCUUAAAACGUGAAUGACUGCCUCCAGGAGUUCUUUGUUAUGUAUUUGUAGUUUUGGGAAUUUCAUGAAGAAAUCUCCAAAAAAAUCUAGGGAAAAAAGAUCAAAAUCUGAUGACAUAAAUACUAUAGAUGCUUAUUUUUAAAGCUAGGGAUGGCAAAAUUGAACUCACAUUUAUUUUUAGUGUUAUUUAUUUCAUAACUUAUGACAUUUAAUAUAUGCACAUGCUUCUUGUUGCUCUGUAUAUACUGGUGUUAGUAGCAUCUUUGAAAAGCGCCCCUUUAAAAAUCUCAAUGGGAUUUACAGAUUAGUGAAGCUUUAACAGCGCCUCAAACAUUUUCUCUUGAUGUACGUGCUGAAGUGUAAGAAAUCGGGGACCAGUCUCCAGUGUUAGGGUGGUAUGUUUUCAAAGUGAAGAGAUCGGAACACCUGGAUCUAAAUCGAUGGCCAUCACUAAAAGCCAAAAUGAAAGUGUGGCAAGCAGCGUUGGUCCAGUGCUGAGGCCGGUGCCACACAGGUGCAGUGGCUGAGGUGCGCAUGUUUAACCUGCUUGCAUCAGAGCAGGAUAGGGGCCUCCUGCUUCUUCAUACCAACACCAAAAGCACCGCCCCUGUCUGGGAUUGAUUUGGUUUGGUUUGGUUUGGUUUGGUUUGGUUUGGAAGUCUAAAGAAGAGGAGAAACUUCUUUGGGAAGGAACAAUGGGGCAGAUAUUUUAAAUUCACAGUUUCACAGUUGGAAUUAGCUCGCAUAUGUUUGUAUACCUAAGACGUCCAAUAACAUAGAGCUGCCACUCUUUCUGUUUCUAAUCAUCUUUCUGUUAUACAAAGGGACUCCAGAAGGUUUGCAGAAGAUGAAAUUAAAAGAGAAGUUUAUUUUGAUAUAAAAAAUUGUGAAAUACAUGCAAAUUUUUCAUGUGCAUAUUUCCCUUUAACUGCUUGAAGAUUCUUCAUGUGCAUGGAUUUAGAAGUUUUGUACCCCAAAAUGAAUAUAAUUUCAAUUCCAUUUUCCACAAAGUUUUUGAAGUGCACUUGUGUAUCAUAAAUUUAUCCAAAAUCUGAUUUUCUGCACUCCCCAAUUAAAGAGUGUGCCAUGGCCGUGAGGAGGCUGCUUCCUGGCAGGUGUGUUUCUCUCUCUGUCACCCUUGUUCUCCUUCUGUCUGCCCCUCUCCUUCCAUCUUCCUCUGUGCCAUCUGUCUGCAGACACAGGCAUGUUUUUGAACUUUAACACUAUGCACUGUUUACAAAAAUUAAGCAUUGCUUAUUGGAUCAGAUAUUUUUAUUUUUCACUGAAAUGUGGCCAGUGAAAGUUUCCACAGUUAAAAAGCUGCCUAUAAGAAAAAGAAUCACAUAGUAUUUUUUGAAGAUAUUAAGUCUAUUUUGUAACUUUGUGUUUGGUUCUUUUAACAUGAAAUAAUGAGUGUGAUGCACCCUCAGUCAAAACACCAAGGGAGUACCCUGGCUGCUCUUGGAGGUGUGUCCAGUUUGCCCUCCAUAGGAGCAUGGCUGGCCUAUGAAUUGAUAGAGCUUUCUGGAAUGGAGGAGUAGUGCACGCCUCUUGGAUAUGCAGUCUGUGCUGUCCCAAAGUCUCUGUACUCAGAGGAAUCUCACACUUGGUUGAAUGCUUUCUUAAAAUUCUUGGUAAUUUUGGAAGAAGGAGUCUUGCGAUUUAAUGAUGCACUGGUUCCUGGAAUUAGAUAGCUGGUCCGGGUAGAAAAGAUGACCAGGGAAAAGAAAGGAAUGGCUUUGGUGUGACUGCACACUAUAGGGAUGCAUUUCCUUUGUGAGUUGGAGCAGCAUUUGCCAUUUAGUCUUAGCUACAUUGAGAGUUUCUCCCGUGCAUACUGCACACCUUGUCUUUCUAGUCUUCUCGUGCUUCCUAAAACCAGCUCUCCUCACCUACAGAGCCCCCAGUGACAGUCCCUUGAUGUCCUUUGGUAGAGAAUGGCUUUAGCAGCUUCUCUUAACCUUGCGAAUCAUGUGUUUAGGAUUUCUUCAGUGAUUCAGAUGUUUCCCAUUGAUGAACAGAAUUCACAGCCAUGAGUCAAAGGUGUAACAGGUGAACUAAACCAAAGAUGCAAAUCCCUUGGAGGAAGAGACAUUUUAGGGGCUCCUGAGCUGGAUCCCUUGAGGUUUGUGUGUUUUGAGCCUAGAGCAGAACUAAGAGGACUGUCAGCACUUGAGUCCCAACUCCCUAUAGAACUUGACCACCCUUAGCAGGAGAUUCUGGGAUUCAUGGGAGGUUCUUACCUAGUGUGAGGCAGGGUUUCGCAUUGGGUGUGCAGAUGCUCCUGUGCAAACCAUCUCUUGCAAACAGACCUCAGUAACCGUAAUUAGGAGAAUAAGGAGCGCACGUGGUUUCUUGUCUCCAUUAUAAACCCUUCAGGCCCCUCAGUAGAAGAGCCCCAUUCGGCUGACAGUUGAGCUCUGUCCCCCUCAGCACACAGCGAGGGACUCAGCACUGGUUGCUCUGCAAAGCCACCUGGGGACCUUUCGAAAUCUCAGACACCUGCCCGUCCGGGUGACAGUUCCAAUAGGCAACGACGCUCCAGAACUGUGCAGGGCUGACAGCUUGCACGGGAGAUUAUGCCAUUUACCAGAAAGAUGUUUAUAGUCUUUCGAAAUUUACUAUUGAAUGAGCCAAAGAAUAACGCUGAAGAGUGACUUAGGGCACAGUGGUUUGGUUGAGGCUAUCAUUCUGAGAUUGGCAAACAGGUGGUUGAGUUGGGUGGUUUUGCCCUUGAGGCAAUAGGAUUGCAACUUGGCCUUGUAUUUACAGAGUUCUUGGGUCUCAGAUGAAGAAAGUUACCUUGCUGUUUGCUCACACCAGACACGGAGCCCUGUGUAUAAAACUGAUAACUUAUGGGACUCACAAAAGGUGUCCGUGGCACCGAAUCGAUGCCUGCAUCUCUGGCUUGCUUUUGAGCACACGACAGAUGAACUUCUGUGGAUUAGUUUUCCUAAUUCUACUUAGUAGAUUCAGUUUUUGAAAAAAUACAAAUUUGGUUACUUUUGGAUCCAUCCAUCCAUUGGAAUAAAAAAUUAUGAAACAGUAGUAAUGACAUUGAAAGCAAAUAUUACUAGGGGUUGUUUGUUUUUAGCUUGCUGGUCAUGGUUUUAUCACCUUUACUUUUAUUUGGUUGUGUGUUCAUUUCUCCCAAAUAUAGCAUAUUUUAACUAUGUAGAUGACAUCUUUUGACAUGUGGAAACAUAAAUACCUGUCAAGUCUGUGUUUAGGCUGCAAUUGAAAGAUGUAAAAGCAUAGUGUGCCAAAAAAGUAGUAUAGGGAAAUACUCAUUUUAUGAUUACUCCUGAAGUUGGUUGCUCAAGAAAAGGAGGUUAAGCAAUUUAAAAAUUACAUUCCCUUCAAUAUUUUUGAUAGCCAUGUAACUCAAAGAGGAAAAUACAUGCAAUCAAAAGUAUGGGUUAGUGUCAAACAAAGUAGUAUAAAAGAAUUAAAAGUUUCCCUCAUUUGAUUGACACUCAGAUGUUCCAUUCUCAGCACUACAAAUUUGUUCAAUGCAAACCCUUAGGGAAGGUAACUCAUAAAAUCAGCCCUCAUCGGAGUAUGUAGUUUGUGAGGUCAGAUCACUGUUCACUCCCAGUCAGAAAGCAACAGCUAUCUACAGAAAUCCAGGGAUGUCUGCACAGUGUCCUUGGCACUCAUGGUGUACGUUUGUCCCAUGUUUGGUAGUUUCCAGCGUGAACAGUGAGUUCCUGGGGUUGUUUAUCUCCGUGGCCCUUGGGAUUCGCUGCUCCAAGAAUCCACACCUCUGGGUUCCAGUCCUAGUUCUACUGGGAAGCCACGUCCCCUGGGGCAAGGUAGCCGAUGUCUCUAUUAUAUUCCUCACCCACAGAAGACCAGUCCAGUAGCUCCACUGAGCUCCACGUCAACAGCUACUCUAAACCUAGGCUGAAAGAAAAGCCAUGUGCAUCUGAUGCCAGAACUCAUAGCUUGCCCUUUGAUUAAAGAUUCUAAGAUAAUCAUGCAGCAGAACACAUCCACGGGACACCAAGUGCUUUAACAUGGCAGAGGCGAUUGCUGUCAUUCUGUAGUCUGUGCACCUAAAGAUUCCGACAGUGACCCUGUUGUGUGACUGAGACAAGACAGAACUUCCUCCUAAGGAAUUAAAAUGUGUGUGGAAACCAUUUGACGUUCUCUCAUUCACAUGCACUCCUCCUUUUGUUGGGGAGGAAACAGCUUGCGUCAUGUUCUUUGUUCACAAUGCUUUCAUUUCUUACUUUGAUCAGUUGAUUAUAAUUGUACACUUUGGUUGACUUUGCUCUGCUGGUUAGAAACGUCUCUCCUAUAAAGGAUUUCUCGCGUUCCAUCUGGUUUUGUAUACUUUGCGUAGGUCUUUCCACAAUAAAAUUUAUGUAAAUGUCUAUUUUAUA